UGUCAAGUUUCUUGUACUUUAUAUAUGUAUAAGGAAGAAGAAACGCUAUAAUUUUUUCGACAUUUAUUUCUGAGUUUUACAGAAGCAACAUCAGAGAUUUGGAAUUUAUUGUGAUUAUUAACUUUGAACACUGAGGUUAAAGGAACACGACGUAUGAUAUAAUUAAUGAAAUAAUACAACAAAGAGAAAAUUGUCGGAUAAAAGGAGAUAUUGUUACGGAUUAUCUUUCGGAAUUAUAAAUAUCGUGAUAUGCAGACUAUAAGCUUAAAUGAAUGUUCUACUAAUAUUGUAGAAAACAAAGUUUCUCAGGAUGCUACAGAAUGUGACAUAGUUGAUCAUAAAAUAGUAACUCUACAUCAUCAAGUAGCAAAAUUGAAUGAAAUUAUAGUAAAUUUCGAAGAUGUUAUACAAAUAAAAGAUACACAAUUAGAAGACAUGCGUCGAAAGAAUGCUAGAUUACUGGCAGAGCUGAAAAAGCAACAAAAAUACAACAGAAAUCUUAAACAACAGUUAGAUGAUGAGAAAUUUGUCUAUCAGAGAAAGAAAAAUUAUUUCACUGAGGAAAUGCAACGGUAUAGAACCAAGUAUAUUGGUAACACAUCCACGUUUCAUCAACAAUGGCAUAAAGAGCUGGAACAAGCACAAGAUACUUUGGAAACGGAAAAUAAACAACUCAGAGAAGAAUUGGCAGAUAAAAAUCAAAUUACAUAUAAUUUAUGCAUAAAGUUCCUGCGUAUGAAACAUGCUAAAGAUACAUUAAGGCAUAAAUUAGAUCAGUUGCUACAUGAGCAUUUGCUAGUAAUGGCAGAAAUGAUGGAAAAGUUAGACGAAGCGCGAAAGGAACUUAAUCUUAUUGUGUCAGAGAAAUUUCAGGAACAAUUGCCUCUCAGUAAAGCGAAAUUUUUACAAGUUUUACAAAGGAAUAAUAGAUUGAUGUACGAAAAUGCAACAUUAAAGGUACAAGUUUAUCAACUGACACAGAAUAUAGAGAAACUAAAAAAUGACAUUCAGAGACCAAAGAAAAUUAAUAUAGACGCUAAGAUUAUUGAGAAAUUAUCAAUGCAAAGUAAUGCAAGAUCACUUGUAGAAAAAACAGAAAGAAUUGUUUUACUUUCUAAAUUAUCUCGUCCUGUGGAUUCUGAAGAUGUACACACAAUUUCAGGAGUGUCUUCUGGGAAUGUCAAUAAACAUACAUUUGAUAAUAUAAAAGAUGCAAAGAGCGAUUUUGAGGAAUUUCAUCCGGAACGUGCUCGAAGCGCGCCAGGAAUUGUAGAAGCAUUUACAAUUUCUCAACAUAACGAAUAAUUAUUUAAAAUAGACAAUAUGUGUUUACAGUCAUUCACAAAAAGGCUGUAACAUUUCCUUUCUUAUAAAAACGCAUUGAAAUAGCGUUAGAUUCUGGCGCAUUUUAAAACGUAUAAAAAAAGCGCCAUCUAUCUAUAAUUGAAAGUAAUUUUUUCUCUCCUUACAACUUCACACUGGAUCAUAAACGUCGAAUUUCAAGCGUAUAUCUUUCGACAUCUUGAUUGCUCGACUCUAUUUCUUAGCAAUGAGACAAUUGAAUUUGCUUCCUAGGAUUCCGUGCCAAUCCGAAAAUAAGUACUGCAGAGACAACUUACUAAUUUGCAUGGCAUACUCGCACGGCGGAAGCGUAAUAGAACAGUGCUUGCGGCCGGCACGCGGUCGGUC